AGAUAAAGAGGCUGCGGGCAGGCACUGAGUGCAUGCAGCCUGCAUGCCGCGGCUGCCAGAGCAGGCUGUGCUCCGCGGCCGCCCUCCACAACGAAUCGCUUGCAGCGGGAUGGGAUGCAACUUCUUGUAAUUGGAUCACAGGUUUAAGUAUCAAACUCGGUAGCUUGUUAGCAGCACAGAAAUGAAUAACUCAACGUACGUAAAUUCUUCCACUGAAAAUGUGAUGGCUCUGCAGAGUCCCUAUAAAACUGUGGAGGUGGUCUUCAUCGUCCUGGUAGCAGGGUCUCUCAGCCUAGUCACCAUAAUUGGGAACAUCCUGGUCAUGGUGUCAAUAAAAGUCAACAGGCACCUGCAGACUGUCAACAACUAUUUCCUCUUCAGCUUGGCAUGUGCUGACUUGAUCAUCGGCAUCUUUUCCAUGAACCUAUAUACCCUUUAUACUGUGAUAGGCUACUGGCCUUUAGGGCCUGUGGUGUGUGACCUCUGGCUGGCUCUUGACUAUGUGGUCAGCAAUGCUUCUGUAAUGAACCUCCUCAUUAUCAGCUUUGACAGAUAUUUCUGUGUCACCAAGCCUCUGACAUACCCUGUAAAGCGGACCACUAAGAUGGCAGGCAUGAUGAUUGCAGCUGCUUGGGUGCUGUCCUUCAUCCUGUGGGCCCCUGCAAUUCUCUUCUGGCAGUUCAUUGUGGGUGGAAGGACUGUCCCAGAUGGGGAUUGCUACAUCCAGUUUUUUUCCAAUGCUGCCGUCACUUUUGGCACUGCAAUUGCAGCCUUCUAUUUGCCUGUUAUAAUCAUGACUAUCCUUUACUGGCAAAUCUCUCGAGCCAGCAAGAGUCGGAUAAAGAAAGGGAAAAAGGAAGCUGCCCAAAACCAGGAUCCAGUUUCCCCCAGCCUUGUCCAAAACAAAAUAGUGAAACCAAACAAUAACAACAUCUCAACCAGUGGGGAUGGGGUGCACAGCAAAAUCCAGAAUGGGAAAACCACUGGAGAGUCUGUAACAGAGAACUGUGUUCAAGGGGAAGAAAAAGAAAGCUCCAAUGACUCCACCUCUGUCAGUGUUGUCGCCUCCAACAUGAAAGAGGAUGAAGCUGCCAAAGAGUCCAGCCAGGCUUCUGUCUCCCAGGACCAUCUCAAAGUGGAGAACUCCAAGCUGACCUGCAUCAGGAUAGUCACCAAGUCACAGAAGGGUGACUGCUGUGCAUCCGCCAACACAACCGUGGAAAUUGUAGGCACUAAUGGAGAGGAGAAGCAAAACAGUGUAGCCCGCAAGAUUGUCAAGAUGACAAAGCAGCCAGCCAAAAAGAAACUGCCUCCUUCUAGAGAAAAAAAAGUGACAAGGACUAUUUUGGCCAUUCUCCUGGCCUUCAUCAUCACCUGGACCCCAUACAAUGUGAUGGUGCUCAUCAAUAGCUUCUGCACAUCCUGCAUCCCUGGUACUGUAUGGACUAUAGGUUACUGGCUCUGUUAUAUCAACAGCACCAUCAACCCUGCUUGUUAUGCUCUCUGCAAUGCUACUUUCAAGAAGACCUUUAAGCACCUUCUUAUGUGUCAUUACAAGAAUAUAGGAGCUACAAGGUAAAAAUAAUAAUAAUAAUAAAAACUAAUAACAGAAAGGGUGAAGAAGUUCCAAGCUGAAUAAAAAACAAUGCCAUAGCACUUUAUGCUCCACUAUAGAAUGUGCAAUCCAGGAUGCUAGUGAAAAUACUGACAUGGGGCAAUAGCUCCAUCCCUGAGAACUACACUUAAAACUAUUUUUAAAUUAUUGUCAAUAAAUCUUGAGGACAAGGGGAAGAUAUGAGGAGUUACUCAAGUA